AUGAGCGAAGCUGCAGUGGAGGAUGCCGGAAAGCUGCAGAUUGUUCUCUGGGAGGACGUCGCUGUCCAGCCCGAGGCUGAGGCCGUCCCGUUGCCACUACCUCCGCCUCCGCCUCCGGGCUAUGGGCCGCAUUUGCAGGCUCGGGAAGCCUUGUUGAACGACUGCCGUUCUCUUCUCCACUUUCUGUGGUUGCACCACAGUCGCUGCUUUGAUCGAAGUCCGACAGAGAUCAUGGGGCUGGCAGGGGUUGAUGAUGUCGACAUCAACUUCGACCUUUGGUUUGCUUGGGAAAAUGCCCAAGCUGUAACCCACAUGGUGAAUGGAGGGGGUUGGAACCACAUCACGAGCACGUGGCUCCGCUUAGAGCUCCAGGGCACGAAAUGCUCGCGAGCGACGGGUUCUUCGGCGCAGUCUCCUGCGCGAAUCCUGAGCUACCAUGGCACCCGAUGGCCAAAGCUGCCUUGGAUUCUGCAGCAGAAAGGCCUUCGUGCUGGACCGCGCAUUGCUGGCAAUACGCGUGGUGUCUGGAGCUCGCAGAGCUUCCAGGUUGCUGAAAUGUAUGCCUGGCCCGAGCCAAUGGCUGGCGCUGCCCGGAAGCCUUGGAAUCCCUGGAAGCCGGAUGCUUCCGCAAGCCCGGGGGAGAGGUUCCAGGUGGUGCUCGAACUGGAGCUCCAAGAAUGGCGCUGCCACCGAUCGAAGUCUGGUUAUUUGGUGACCCAGGAUGAGGCGAAGGUCACGCUCAAGGCUUUGCAUCUACGAUGCUGGCGGGAAGGAGCUUCGGAUCACCCAAGCCUCCGGCAAGGCUACUUUCCUUCCAGCUUCCUGCCCAACGGCAAGCGGCUGGACUUCGUGCCCGGGGGGUCCGCCGCCGGAGGGUCCCUUACUGGCCAAGGAGAGCGGCAGACACGGACGAAGUGGAGUCGGCCACAGCUGCAGCGGGUGGUUCGUAUGGCCGUUUCCGAGAAAAAGAAGGUCAAAAAGAUUGUCCAAAAAAAGGUGCCAAAGAGGGUCGAGUUGAAAUACGCCGAUGUCGACAUAUCCGAGCUGUGCUGGGACAGCGUGGUGGCCGUGGUUCAGGGAAAGACCCUCCGGGAGAAGCUGGACAGGAUCAUGCGGAAAGCUUACAUGACUGUCGUGAAGUGUGCAGCCUCUCCAGUGGCAUUGCUGUCAGGUUGGGCCACCGAGGUGGCUGGGCAGCUUGUCCAGGAAGAGGGGCUCACUUUCGCUUUUCACCGAAGCGUCGCGAGCGACAUCAUCGCGGUUCUGAAGCGAAUGCUUCAGGGAGGUGCUCUUCCUCGGAGCAUGGUCGGGCAGAAGACAUGGGAUAAGGCUCUGGAAGAUCAGCUGCAGGACAUUGUAGCCGCACAGCUUUCUCGGGUGCUCGCUGCUGAUAUGUUGAUGCUGCCAGGGUAG